AUGGAUCAACUGGCCUUCACCAUCGAGUCGCUGUCUCGCCCCCAACUCCAGUUGUUUGAGACAGUUUUUAAUACUGGCAAGCCACUAUCGGGUUAUUGUCAGGACGACCCUUUGUGGCCUCUUCUGGCGGAGGUAGCUUCCCCUUGUUCCAACUGUGUAAAGUCCCCAGGCAAAUGUAAGGUUCUGCUGAACUCCCCUUGCUGUACCAACUGCUCUGCAAAAAAGACUUGUAGUCUGGGGAAGGUCCUUCGGUAUCGGUAUUUCACUCAUCAUUGCAGUCAAGACAUUGCAUACAGCCGUAGGUUUUUGGAGCUCCAUGGAACUCCUAUACAUCAAUCGACAUGGGGUAUUCCUUUGAGCACCUGGCAUCAAUACGAUGCUGCCCUUCAAGCUCGUACCUCCUCGACCUCCACCCUCCUAGAACUGAACAUGCUUGAUAAGCAGGAUACUGCUGAGACUGAUCAGCAAGAGUUCCAGAAGUUCCUCGCUUUGCAACAGGGUGAGGCAGUCGUCGCGGCGAAAUGUAAGCGCAAUCGUUCCCCUUUGCCUGUGGCUGGUCCUUCCAGCAAAAAGGUUCGGUUGGAUGGUUCCAAAAAGUGUUCCCGUCGUAGGACCCCUGUGGAGGGGGCAGCUCAGGAGUCUCCCCGUCAUAUCCGACUGGUGGUUCCUCCAGGUCAUUCAAUGGCAGCCUCCACUUCCACUCCUGCUCUCCCUCGCGCCCCUCCCUCCUCCAUGGAGGUAUCUGUCAGGGAUGAACCCGUGCAGGGUCCCAGUGGUUUGGUUCAGUUGGCAGCUGCUGCCGAGGUCCAGUCUGGUGUGGUUCAGCGGCUUGUUUCCCCUUCCCCUGUUAUGUCACCUAUAAAGGGUAUUGGGUCCGACCCCCUUCCUUCCAACAUGCCACCCACUUCACGUUCGUUAUUAGUACCCCGCACUCUCAUCGCCCAUCCCUAUCGCGCUGAGAAUCAGCAUCUCCUUGCUUGGGUCCGAUCACUAGAGUCCCAGCUUGCCGAUUCUCAGCAGGAGAAUUCUUCUCUCACCACUGCCCUUCAGGAUACUUCCCAUGCCCUCGAUGCUCGUCAAUGGGAGGUCGAACAACUUCGGUCCUCCAGCCACGAGGUCCUUCAGCACAAGGUCGAGUAUCGCAGUGUGUUGGACCAGUUCCAUGCACUGGACAGGGCUUUAUCGGUGUUUCCUGGUCAGACUGUUGUUCAGCGUCUCCAAGCAUUGGAGGAGGAGCUUCGCGUUGUAAAAAGGGAUCGCGACAUUGCGGCUUCUGAGUUAAAGACAGCCCUACUGCAGCAACAGGGUCUGGUAGACGAAACCAAUGCUUUGGCGACCCAUCAGCGUCGUCGUUUGGAGGAGUUCCGGGAGGAGGCCCAUCAUACUCGAGAUCGUGCCACCUUCGUGGAGCAGAUGAUCAAGGAGUAUCCGGACGAGGGUUUCUACGAGGUGGUUCUACCUCCCCUUUCUCAACUGGAGGAGGACCUUCUCCGUGUCGCCACCUUUGCACACUGCCUUUAUCGUUCCAAUCCCACCACUGUCCUCCAUCAUCACAGUCGUUAUAUCGGUGCCAUCAUUGAGGCAGUCAUUGCCUUUCUCCGACGUGGUCUGGACUCUGACGUCCCUGACGUCAUUGCCCACAACUUCCAACUUGCUCUGGAUUACAUGCAAACAGCCCGGGGUAUUCACGGGGAUCUUUAUAUGUGGUCCAUCAGCAGCAUUCAGUGGUUUUUCAACAACGCGGUGGAUGAGGACGAGGGUCUCCAUCGCCUGGUGUUAGAGCAUUCCCGGUUUGACAACGAUGGUCCUUUUCUGACCGCGGCUCAGCAUGCCGGUUCCGCAGCCCCUCCCGAGGGUUCAAUGGAGCCACCCCUCCAUCGUCGGAUGUUGGUGCUAUCGACCGCCUUUCCUCAUCAAGAUGGUUCUGAAAGGUGGGACAAUGUUGUCCCCGCCAUCCCUAGUCUUGACCAGUCAAUGGUCGUAUGGGAGCAGUUAAUGCUGGAGUACCUUCACCACAUAACUGAUACCCCAAUGUCCGUUCCAGUGCCAUCGGACGAGCCUCCCUCUGCUGUAGGUGAAGGUGUUUCUUCUCUCCCUGCUUCCUCUCAUGUUCCUCUGUUCCUCCCUGAACAGGACUCUCCGACCUCCCCUUCUCCCCCUCCUCCUUCUCCCAGUCUUCCUCUGCUCUUUGGUUCAGUAGCAGAUCUAGCCAUUGAUCUUACUGGGGGUGACGACGAAUUGUACGAGCCGGAGGAAUCACAUCGUGCUCGGGUCUCUGAGGUGGAUGGGAUGGAUGCUGUCCCAAAGGAGGAAUUGUUGUAG